AUGAGCUCUCGCUUCAAGAGCCUAGGCUUCGGUUCCAAACGCAAGAGCGCUGCCAACAUCCAGACCAGCACCGUCAAUCCCUCCAACGCCUCCACCUCGACUACCGCAAGCACCCCUCCUCCUCCGAGUUCUUCCCAGACUAGCCUCCCUAUGAAUCCCCAGCAACUGGGUCGCCCUCCCAGUUACUCAUAUAACAGUGCCGCCGGUCGUCCCCAGAGUCCGAUGCCCCCUGGUCAACAGCAGCUCGCUCAUCACCCCGCGCCCAUCAACACCACUCAAGGCUACAUGAAUCAACACCCGCCGCCGCCGCAGCAGCAAAUGGGGCCCCCACAGCCUCCGGGCUAUGGUGGUGCCUACAAUCAAAUGCAGCAGCAGCAGCCGCCGCCGCCGCAACAGGGUGGUAUGCAGUACAUGAACUCUCAGCAUGUCGCUGGCCGCCCCGCCGAAGUUGCGGGUGACUCAAACCGCAGCAAGGCUCAGCUUAUCGUCGGCAUCGACUUCGGCACGACAUUUUCCGGUGUUGCUUUCGCCUUUGCGACAAACACGGAAGCCAAAGAAGACAUUAUAACGGAGUGGCCAGGUGCAGGCAACCAAACCAAGCAAAAGAUUCCCACCGUUCUCUAUUAUGACCAGUAUCAGAAAGUAGUUGGUUGGGGUCCCGAUAUUGCUGACGCCCUUGCGCCGACCGGUUAUCCCAAACCAGGUGUACAGAAGGUCGAGUGGUUCAAGCUCCAGUUGAUGCUGUCCGGAAAUACCUAUAUUGACCCCAUCAACCUGCCUCCUCUACCUCCUGGGAAGUCUGAGAUUGAUGUCGCUGCCGACUAUUUAUUCAAGCUGCGACAGGCCAUGCGCGUUCAAUUGCAGAAAACUCUAGGUGAAGUGUUCAACAGAGAAGAGCGUAACAUCCGGUAUUACCUCACCGUGCCUGCCAUUUGGAACGAUGCUGGCAAGGCAGCUACAAGAGCAGCUGCAAUCCAAGCUGGCUUUAUUCGCGACGAUAACGACAACCGUCUAACUCUCAUUACCGAGCCCGAAGCUGCUGCUAUGUUCUGCUCAAAAACCGGUCUGCUCAACCUCAAAGUCCAUGAUGCAGUGUUGAUUGUGGACUGUGGUGGAGGUACUGUCGAUUUGAUCGCGUACGAGGUUGAGGAAGAGACGCCCUUCACAGUCGCUGAGUGUACUGCGGGUUCUGGUGAUUCCUGUGGAUCCACCGCCUUGAACCGCAAUUUCUCCAAUAUUCUGCGGGCGAAGAUCCGCAAGAUGAAGCUCCCAGACGGCUCGAAGACUGCAGGACGUGUGUAUGCCAAGUGCAUCAUGGACUUCGAGAACAGAAUAAAGGCCGAUUUCCGCAACAAUGGUCAAAAGUGGGCCGUCGACGUUGGUAUUGAAGCCGAAUUUCCUGAAGCUGGUAUUGAAGAAGGCUACAUGACCUUCACCAACGAAGAAAUCCUCCAGUGCUUCGAGCCAGUCGUCAACCGCAUUCUUGAGCUUGUCCGCAAUCAGAUCAUCGCCAUUCAGGCUCAGAACCGGUCUUUGCAGCACGUUUUGGUUGUUGGUGGUUUCGGUGCUUCGGAAUACCUCUUCCAGCAGAUCAAGCUCCACGUACCUCCUCAAUUCCAAUCUAAAGUCGUACGACCCAUGGACUCGGUCUCAGCGAUCGUCAAGGGUGCCGUUACGGCCGGUAUUACCGAGAAGGUGGUCACCUCUCGUGUUGCUCGCCGACACUAUCUUAUGGCAACCCUACAACCCUUCAAGGAGGGUCACCAUCCCGAGCAGUAUCGUGUGCCCAGUCUUGAUGGCAAGGAUCGGUGCAAAUACACCCGCCAGAUCUUCGUGCAGAAGGGUGAGAGAGUCAAGGUGGGCGAACCGGUCAAGGUUUCAUUCUUUAGACAGGUUGCUCCGGGCGCUACUCUGAUGUACGAGGAUAUCUUGUACGCUUGCGACGAGGAUGUUUGCCCCGAGUACACGAAGGAUCCCCGUAUCAAGGAGGUCGUCACUUUAACCUCCGAUCUAUCCCGGAAGAAUCUCGAGAAGGACUUUGAGCGCAUGGACACCCCCCAGGGUACCUUCUACAGGGUGUACUUUGAUAUUUACCUGACAUUGGACGGUUCUGAGUUCAACGCCGAGCUUGUCUGCCAAGGAGAGGUUAUGGGCCGCUGCACUGCGAGGUUCCGAUAA